AUGGAUGUCCUACAAAACCGACUGGAUUCCUUCGCCAAGCAACGCCGCAACAAGCUACGAUGGCCGCAUCCGAAGACUUGGAAGGCCACCCCGGAGACACUUUCUGAAGCAGGUUUCUUCUUCGACCCGAGCAACGAGGACCCAGACAACGUUACUUGCUUUAUGUGCGGCAAACAAGUCACGGAAUGGGCGGAUGACGAUGACCCAUUUGACAUUCACUGGCGGAAGUGUGGCCAGGUUUGCGCGUGGGCGAGUCUUAGAUGUGGGCUGAGCCAUGAUAUGGACUCGCAGAAUCGCUUCGUCUUUCCCGAUAAAUCCCGUCUCCCAACAUCGAAAGCUAUGGAGAAGACCCGCCUGCAGACAUUCUCAGGGUGGAAGCACGAUAAGAACAAGAAGCACAUGGCAACAUCGAAAAAGAUGGCCCACGCAGGGUUUGUGUCAACUCCCACCGAGCCUGGAGACGACACUGGGACGUGUUUCUAUUGCAAUGUUGCGUUGGGAAACUGGGAUGAAGACGACGACCCUAUGCAACACCACUUGGACCGCGACAAAGCAUCCAACCCUUGUGCCUUCCUUGCCCUGGCCUUUGAUUCCGCCCCAUCGGCAGCCAAACCCAAGUCAACUAAACGCGCUCCCAAAGCAUCCUCGCAUACCGAAGUGAUAUUCCCCACCAAGACUUAUGAUGGCUCUGAAGAUGAAUCCGCUGCUCCACACCCAGCAUCAACUGCCAAGACGCCGCGCAAGGCAGCGUCAAGCUCGACAACGAAGACACCACGAACCACAACGCGAAGUGUCUCACGUAAUACCUCCAAAGACCGAAAUGCGCUUACAGAACAAGAAGAGUCAUCCCCGCCUCCACCAAAGAAGCGCAGCCGAUCUAAGUCUGUCUCUCGCCGCAAAGCACCAGAAGUUGAAGAGACUGAAGGAGAAGAAGAAGAUGUAAGAGCUCCUUCCCCUACACCUGCUCGCCAACGGAGAACAACCACGAAAUCAACUACCAAACGCGCUCCAACCGUUGUUGAUGACCCAGCUAAUCUCUUUGAUGAUGAUGAACCUGCACCCAUCAUUGCGCGUAAAUCAUCUAGAAAGAAAUCAACCGUCGAGCAGGAUGAGCCAGUUGUUCGACAAACAUCGCGAUCAAAACAGAAAUCGAAAGCAGUGUCCGAUGAUGAGGCUAGUCAAGUGAAGCCAGUGGCUUCGACCUCACAUUCACGGACUCGCUCCAAAGGCGGAACAAGGAGUAACUCCCGAGCCCGUGCUACUGAAGAUGAAGAUGAAUCAUCUGAUGGGUGGUUUGAAGCUGCUGUUCCCCCUCCGCCACCAACGGCCAAAUCUGUGUCGCGGUCGAAGGCCAAAGUCGCAGAAAGCGGAUCGGCAGUCAUAUCUCGCAAAGAACGGAAUAAACAAUCGGAUGAUCAGACCGCACCCACUCGGAGAGUACCGUCAAGGUCACGAAAUACCACCGUUGAGCCGGAAGUGGAGCCUCCGCCGGUUCAAAAGCGAUCAAGAACAGUUUCGAAGACGGAGGAAGGCAAGAAGACUGCUCGAAAGGCUGCCAAAGUAACGACUACCCAAGUCGAAGAGGUAUUUUCGGAGCCACCUAAAUCAAAAUCAAAACCGAAGGGUAGUGGCUCGCGACCACCAUCUCGAGCCAAAACACCAGCACCACCUUCACCAGUCAAGGAGGAAGAUGUUGAAGCAACGGAAGUUGAGAUGGAAGAAUACCUGCCGCCUGUGGAGUCGGUAGCUCUGUCACGAGCUAGAACCGUUUCUCAUUCGAGUUAUGGUGAGCCGGAGAUUGCAACCGCUAAGACAGUAUCUCGCCCAGCCUCCCGAACUGAGACGAAAGUCACUGCUGCAGCAAGGCCAUCUUCUCGAGCCAAGGUCAAUCCACCAACAACGGGCACUGAGAACGACACCAAAGGCAAGGCACCAAGUCGACCACCAUCUCGAGCCAAAACCGCGACGGAAGCAGAGAAUAAACCGAAGGUUGCUGCGCGCGCCCCUUCCAGAGCCAAAGCGAAUAGUCCUGCGAUGGAUGACUUACCAACGUCCGACGAGGCGGCCCGCCCACCAUCCAGAACGAAAUUGUCCGCGUCAAAACCGAGUGCUUUAGGGUCUCGGCCAGUUUCUCGAGCUAAAGGGGUCGAUGAGGCUGUGGAAAACAAGAAGCGACCUCCUUCACGGACUAACAAACCUGUUUCCCACAAAAUGGAAUUGGAUGAAGGAAAUUCCGUUGUCGAUAUUUCUGACGAUGACGAUGAAGUGCCGCCUCCACCUCGAAAACCUGUCGUUGACCAACCGCAAACCACGAAUGAUGACGAUGUUGAGAUGGCAGAGGUAGAAGAAUCAAUGAAUGCAGAGUCUUCCCCGCAAUCACCCCCAGUCACACCACCGCGUCAACACCCGCAACAACAAGAGGCUACACCAAUGAGACCGAUGCCAGAGAUAGAAGAAGCAGCGCUGUUUAUUCCACCAUUGGCCACAGACCCAUUUGUUAAUCUCGACUCGCUUACAGAGGCAGAACUGGACAUGACAGUGGAAGACUGGGUUCGUUACCAGAUGGGGCUUGAACGAGAACGAUUCAAGAAGGAUGGUGAGCGUAUGUUAUUGUUGUUUGAACAACGGGCGGAAGAGGUUCGCCGUGCCAUUGCCUCGCUGUAG